AAAUAAAGAUUAUUAUGAAUGAAUGAUUGUUUAAAACUUUAGAUGCUUUUAUUUUCUAAAUUAACCGAUAAAGCAUACACGCCGAUUAGAGGAAGUCAACAUGCGGCUGGAUACGAUCUAAAAAGUGCAUACCAAUAUAUUGUAGUAGCACAUGGAAAAGAAUUGAUUAAGACCGAUCUACAAAUUGUGGUACCACAUGGUACAUAUGGACGAAUUGCACCGAGAUCAGGAUUAGCAUGGAAACAUUUUAUUGAUGUUGGAGCUGGAGUAAUUGAUCAAGAUUACCGCGGAAACGUUGGUAUUCUCCUAUUCAAUCAUUCUGGUGUAGACUUUAUCGUUCAACGUGGAGAUCGAGUAGCACUACUAAUAUGUGAAAAAAUUGUGUAUCCAGAACUCAGGGAACUUCGGUCAUUAGAUGAAACUGAUAGAGGAGAAAAAGGAUUCGGUUCUUCAGGAUAAUUUUCAUGUGUGUUAGGUAGAAUUUAUGUAAUUUAAAAUU